CACCAAACAUCACACUUCUCAUAAGAAAAAUACACAAACAUCAAUCAGAUUUAUAAAUAUUUAAAAACAAGAUCAGCAAGAUGCCUGCAAUGUUAACAGAUGUGUUUAGAGGCCAUCCCAUUCACCUCCCACACUCUCACCAACCUGACUUCACUUCCCUCCGUGAGCUCCCGGAUUCUUACAAGUGGACCCCUAAAGACGAUCUCCUCUUCGCCGCUGCUCCUUCUCCUCCGGCCACCGGUGAAAACAUCCCUCUCAUCGACCUGGACCAACCGGACGCGGCCAACCAAAUCGGCCAUGCAUGUAGAACUUGGGGUGCCUUCCAGAUCGCAAACCACGGCGUGCCUUUGGGACUUCUCCAAGACAUUGAGUUUCUCACCGGUAGCCUCUUCGGGCUACCUGUCCAACGCAAGCUUAAGGCGGCUCGGUCGGAGACAGGUGUCUCCGGUUAUGGCGUCGCUCGUAUCGCGUCUUUCUUCAAUAAGAAAAUGUGGUCCGAAGGUUUCACCAUCACUGGUUCCCCUCUCAACGAUUUCCGUAAACUAUGGCCCCAACUUCACCUCAACUACUGCGACAUCGUUGAAGAGUACGAGGAACAAAUGAAAAAGUUGGCAUCGAAAUUGAUGUGGUUAGCACUAAAAUCACUUGGGGUCAGCGAAGAGGACGUUGAAUGGGCCAGUCUCAAUUCAGAUUUAAACUGGGCCCAAGCUGCUCUCCAGCUAAAUCACUACCCGGUUUGUCCUGAACCGGACCGAGCUAUGGGUCUAGCAGCUCAUACCGACUCCACCCUCCUAACCAUUCUGUACCAGAACAAUACCGCCGGUCUACAAGUAUCUCGCGAUGAUCUUGGUUGGGUCACCGUGCCACCGGUUCCUGGCUCGCUCGUGGUCAACGUUGGUGACCUCUUCCACAUCUUAUCCAACGGAUUGUUUAAAAGCGUGCUGCACCGCGCUAGGGUUAACCAAACCAGAGCCCGGUUAUCUGUAGCAUUCCUUUGGGGUCCACAAUCUGAUAUCAAGAUAUCACCUGUACCGAAGCUGGUUAGUCCGGUUGAAUUGCCUCUAUACCGAUCGGUCACAUGGACAGAGUAUCUUCGAACGAAAGCAACUCACUUCAAUAAAGCUCUUUCAAUGAUUAGAAAUCACAGAGAGGAAUGAUUAAUCAUGAGAUAAUAAUAUUUGUGAUCCGCUAGUUAGUUUGAUUAAUAAAUUGUUGUUAAUUAU